AGUAUGUGUGUAUCCAUGGUAACGCAACUAAUUAGGUUCUAACAGAAAUAUAUUUUUUCCAAUGAACAGUAUUCUGGUAUCAUGGUUCAGAGUUAUGCGGACGUUACUCGCAAUGCGAAAUCUACACAAAGACCUUUGCUCGAAAGAUAUGAUAUACCGGUCGAGCAUCUUUCGUAUGAAUAUAUUUCCAAAUGUGGGAGCCCAAAAAAGUUGGAGCGCAUAGUAACUAUACUGCGUUCCGGUGAAGAAGGAUACUAUCCAGAUUUACUGAAGCAUGCGGAGAAACGCUUGAACAUUAUUAAACCAACUAGUAUAAUAUUAAGAAAGUCUGAACCUAUUCUUAAACGCAGUAUGUUAGAAUCGAACGAAUGUAAGGAAAUUGAUAAAAAUAUGAAUGAUUGGAUGUCUGAAAUGCGGAUCCGUGAAAGGGAAUUAGAAGAAGGGAAAACUACAAUAUCAGAUCUCUUCACGCCGGAUAUCCGACAAUCUAAAGAGCAAUCUGUAAAGAAAAAUUCCGUAAGAAACUGUAGAGGUGCUGUAAGCAAACGAAAUACUUCGUGUGAUUACGCUGCUUGGAAUAAUUUUGAUGUUGAUACCGAAUUGAAAAAAAUAGAUAUACAAGAUGAGCAAGAAAAGGUUGAAGCGAAAAGAUUACAGAAGAAACAAAAAAAGAAAACGAAAAGCCGUACUGCUAUUAAUAAAACUACAUUUACAGAAACCGAAUUGGACGUGAUGGCAGAACAGGAAAAGGAAAAGGGUAACGAGGCUUACAGAACUGGAGAUUACGAGGAAGCGUUGGAGCAUUACAAUAUUAGCAUAAAAAUUAAUUCGAACAUAACGACGUACUACAACAAUCGCGCAAUGACCUAUAUUAAACUUCAACGGUACAAAGAUGCUUUUGAUGACUGUAACAUAGUACUUAGCACAGAACAUACGAAUAUUAAAGCUCUUCUUCGUCGAGCUGUAAGUUUAGAACAUCUUGGAAAUUUACCUCAGGCAUUGGCAGAUUACGAAGCUGUUUUGAAAUUAGCACCAAACGAUAAAACAGCGAUUGCCGGCGUAAAAAAAUUGAGGAAACCAUGUCAAUCUAAAACAGUAAGAAUGACUAUCAAUGAAGAACAAACAGAAGACACAAAUAAAAGCUCGCAAUCAAAUGAAGUCGAAGAAAGUAGAAAUUUAUUUUCGCAGUUUAGCUCGAUAUUCGGUUUACGGGAUGACAUAUGUCUUUGCGACAGGGGGCCGGGUCCGUCGCAUUGUUUAACACCAUUACCACAUAUUAAAGACGAAUAUUGCAUAGAGUACAAUGACAUAGGAACAAUUAAAACUUCAAAGAAAUCUGAUAGUGCUCAAAAAGUGAUUAAUUUGAACACUGUGCCUAAAGAGAAGAGUAAUCCUGUUUUAGGCACAAAACAAAAAUCAAUUUUUUCUGUCACAAGACCUCCUGCACAAACUAAUUCAGUUAUUAUUGAGGAAUUACCUAAUGAGCCUAGUGACAAUAACGCGAAUGUUAGAAUUAAAUCGAGCAAAACGUUUGCAAAUAAGAAUACAAAAGUCACAAACAACAGUCAAACGAACGCUGAUAGACAAGUAGAAGUGUCGAAUGCUAAAUAUUUGAAUAAAAAUAGCGAACGAAGUAGUAAUUUGAACAACAAAUGCAACGCGACAUCACCUGAAAAGGUAAAAGUGGCGGAUAAAUAUAAAAAUAAAACUAGUAAACCGGAAAAAUAUAUUCCGAAGGUAUAAAAUUAAUAACGAAAAAAAAAUGACACUGACUUAGAAAUAUACGCUGAAUUACUUAGAUCAUUAGACGUCAAUAAAUUAAAUCCAGUUUUAGGCAAUGAAUUGGAUGGAAACAUGUUCAGUAUUAUCGUACGUUGUUUGGAACGUUACUAUUGUACUUCCAAUAACGUGGAGCUGCUAAAUAAUUUUUUGAAAUCAUUUUGCCAAAUCAACCGUUUCAAAAUUGUAAAUAUGUUCGCGACCAGGGAAGAUAGACGAGUUAUGAAAUACAUAUUCAAUUUCCUACAAGGACACGGAACAUCAGGAGUUUCGUCACUGAGAGAUAUUUAUUGCAUCUAAGAAUAUUACGUGUAUAUGCAGUAUAAGAUAUUUUGAAUUUUACAGUGAUAUUUCUACAAUAACUACCAACUUAUACGUUCUAGUAAUAAUACAUAAGAAAAUAUACUAUGAUACUUUUAAUUUUAUCAAUAAUUAGACAUAAUUAAUUAUAUUUCGCAAUUAAAUAUAACAUUAUCUAA